AAACCAAAAUUCUAAAUUUUAUAAAUAAAUAAAAAUAAAAAUUUAGUGAGAGAAACCGAGACGAGAAGCAAUUUAUUUUGUUUGUUUUAUUUUUUAAUUUUCUAGAGAGAGAAACAAAAACCAACGCACAACAAAAACAUAAUAAUAAUAAUAAUAAAGUUUGGUUUUUGUUUCGGUUUUGAGUUGUGUUGUGUUCAAUGGUUGAAUUGGGAAUCGGAAUCUCAUUGGCUCUGUAAUGAUGCGAUCUUGGGUUUGCUGAUUUGCUUUGGCCGUUGAUUUUGGUUACUUGGGGUCAACAACAAGGGACAAAAGGGAGAAAUGAAUGGCGGUGAAGAGGUUCGCACGGCUGCUCCACCGCAGCCGUUGGAGUGGAAGUUCUCUCAGGUCUUCGGUGAGCGAACCGCAGGGGAAGAAGUCCAAGAAGUGGUGGAAUCAAUAUAAGGGGGUUUCAUCAUCUAGUACUUAGACAAGAAUGAGGAUUCUAAUCUGGUUGCGACAUCACCAAGGAAAAGACAAUAGAAGCAAUCUAAAGUAAUGUGGAAUAGAAGUCAACGACAGUGGGGCACCAAAAGGAAUGGUUACAAGAUUUGAUCCAGGAGCUUGAACAAUAUCACAAUUACCAAAACAAUCGUGGCUCAAGUAUUAAGUCAAGACUAUGAUUCCAGAUUUCAUUGGAGGAUAUAGCCCUAGAAGACAUUAAUGACGAGAUUAUUUAGUUGAUAUAAUAUCAGCAAUUGAAUUUGACAAAUCUGGUGAUCAUCUUGCUACUGGUGACCGUGGGGGGCGGGUGGUUCUCUUUGAGCGAACAGACAAUAAGGAUCAUGGAGGAUGCAGAAGGGAUCUGGAGAGAAUGGAUUAUCCAAUAACUAGGCAUCCUGAGUUUCGUUACAAAACAGAGUUUCAGAGCCAUGAACCUGAGUUUGACUAUCUAAAGAGCUUGGAAAUAGAGGAGAAAAUCAACAAAAUUAGAUGGUGCCAAACAGCCAAUGGUGCACUGUUUCUUCUUUCUACUAAUGAUAAAACCAUCAAAUUUUGGAAGGUACAGGAAAAGAAGGUCAAGAAGAUUUCUGACAUGAAUUUGGACCCUCUAAAAGCUGUAGCAAAUGGAAGUGUUGCUAGUUCAAGUAAUGCUAGUAGCCCUAAACCAUAUCUUGCAAAUGGUGGAUGUCUGGACAAAUCAUCUAGUUCUCUGAGCAAUGAAUUUUUCAUUCCACCUGGGGGCAUUCCAUCACUACGUUUACCAAGGGUAAUAACUAGCAACGAGAUUAGCCUAAUGGCUAGAUGCCGAAGGGUAUAUGCCCAUGCUCAUGACUAUCAUAUCAAUUCUAUAUCAAACAAUAGUGAUGGUGAAACAUUUAUAUCAGCUGAUGACCUGCGCAUCAAUCUUUGGAACUUGGAAAUUAGCAAUCAGAGUUUCAAUAUUGUUGAUGUAAAGCCUACAAACAUGGAGGAUCUAACUGAGGUGAUAACAUCAGCUGAAUUCCAUCCCACUCAUUGUAAUAUGUUAGCAUAUAGCAGUUCAAAAGGCUCCAUACGGCUUAUUGAUUUGCGACAAUCGGCUUUAUGUGAUUCUCAUGCUAAAUUGUUCGAGGAACAAGAGGCACCUGGUUCUAGAUCAUUUUUCACAGAGAUAAUUGCUUCGAUGUCAGAUAUUAAAUUUGCAAAGAAUGGAAGAUAUAUACUUAGUCGUGAUUACAUGACUCUUAAGCUAUGGGAUAUUAACAUGGAUUCAGGUCCUGUUGCAACCUUUCAGGUUCAUGAAUAUCUAAGACCUAAGUUGUGUGAUUUAUAUGAAAAUGAUUCAAUCUUUGAUAAAUUCGAGUGUUGCCUUAGUGGUGAUGGAUUGCGAGUAGCUACAGGUUCUUACAGCAAUCUAUUCCGUGUGUUUGGUUGUGCUUCAGAAAGUACUGAAGCAACAACUUUGGAGGCCAGCAAAAAUCCAAUGAGGAGACAAGUUCAAACGCCUUCAAGGCCUUCCAGAUCCCUUAGCAGUAUAACACGUGUUGUCAGACGAGGAGCAGACAGUCCUGGAGUUGAUGCAAAUGGAAAUUCUUUUGAUUUCACCACAAAGUUGCUCCACCUAGCAUGGCACCCAACUGAAAACUCAAUUGCUUGUGCUGCUGCAAACAGUCUGUAUAUGUACUAUGCAUAAAGAUGGUACAAGGAGAAAUGCAUUUCUUGGUUAGUUAACUUUUUUGGGUUGCUGUUGGAGAAGGCUUCUUUUCCCUUUCCCACCAACCAGUGAAUCGGAGGCUACAUAAAACUGUCACACUUGCGCAAGUGCUCCUUAAAUCUGUAUCACAUGCUGUAGUAGGAAGGUCUUUAAAUGGCUGUCAAAGAAUCCAUGAGGAAGUUACCUGAUUUUGUUCCCGGGUGGGCAGCUUGAUUCUCUUUUCACUUAAUCCCCUUCCCAAGUCCCAAAAUUCCUUCUUCCUUUUUCUGUUUUGCACAUCUUCUUGUAAAAUAGAAGAUGCAGUUAAGUUUUAUAAUUGUGUUGGCCCUUAGUCAAGAAGAAAAUGUAAUUGUACCUCUCCUACAACAAAAACUAAAAGAUGUUCAAUAUUUGCCACUAGGUUUAAGGUAAACGUAGUGUUUUUUUUUUUUUUUUUCCUUUUUUAACAGAUCUUGGUGGGAAGGAGCUGUUGAAAACUUGCAGUGCUCAUUUUUUUAUUGAUUCUUUGUCAUGUUUGGAACAUAACCCCUUUGUUCAAAUGUAGCUUUUGUUUUUCUUCCUCCUGAUUCUUUGUCAUUAGGUAUUUCCGAGUGACUUCUGACCCAAAUUUUCCAGGCUUCUUCACGUCUUUGGUGGGAUGUGCAUUGGUUCUGAUAGUUUUAAGAAUUAUUGCUUCUGUGUUUGCUUUUCUUGUUCAUGUUUCGAUCAUAACUAUUGUUGUCCCAGAAAACGAAUAUGUAGAUAUGCACUGUACCAUUGUAAACUUGUACUCGAAUUUUUUUUUUUUUCAUUUGAAGGGUAGCAUUACUUUCGAGCCAUGAUAGGCCAUUGCUAAUAUAACAAGGAAAUGAUGUUGUUACCA